GUGCAGGGCGGGGCCUGAGGUUUCCUGCGCCGGAGCUUGUGGCGUCAAUGCGCUGCUGUGUCCAUGGAGAGAGGCUGAGGCGUCGGAGCUCCGGCCCGAGGCACCAGGGCGCCGGACCGUAAGGAUGUCGGCUUCGUUAGUCCGGGCCACUGUCCGGGCUGUGAGCAAGAGGAAGCUGCAGCCCACCCGGGCAGCCCUCACCCUGACACCUUCAGCAGUAAACAAGAUCAAACAACUUCUUAAAGAUAAACCUGAGCAUGUAGGUGUGAAAGUUGGUGUCCGAACCAGGGGUUGUAAUGGCCUUUCUUACACUCUAGAAUAUACAAAGACAAAAGGAGAUUCUGAUGAAGAAGUUGUUCAAGAUGGAGUCAGAGUGUUCAUCGAAAAGAAGGCUCAGCUAACACUUUUAGGAACAGAAAUGGACUAUGUUGAGGAUAAAUUAUCCAGUGAGUUUGUGUUCAAUAACCCAAACAUCAAAGGAACAUGCGGCUGUGGAGAAAGCUUUAACAUUUGAUUCCUCAGGACUACUCUGGCUGUGAGCUCCAGGAAAGCCUGUGGAGGAAGCCCUGGGCUUACUAAAGAAAUCACGUGACUGUCACAUGCUUAAGAUUUAUAAUGCAUGGCUGCCUUAUGAGGAAAAUAAAGUGAUGCAUUUAGAAAGUGAAGCCAGUGUGUUCAAUUUCAGAAGUGAUAUUUGUAUUCCUUUUAGGGGACAGAAUGUGAGAAGCUGUCAUUCUUUUUGGCUCAUUUUUCUAAUCUGUAAAAAAAAAAAACAAACAACCCUUACCCUGCACUUACUCUCAUGCAUCCUUUCUGUUAGAACCAGUUUUCUGAAAGGGGCCUGCCUGGGAGGAUUUCAGUAAAUUUAAUAGGCGUGCACUCUUCAGAUCUCUACUGAGCAGCUUGAACGUGCAUCUCCAGGCCAGAAAGACGGCUCUUAAAAUUCAGAGGCAGAAAGUCCUGACUGCCGGAUUGACAUGGUGCUGCAUCGUUUUUCUACACAAGUUUGGCAUGGCCUUUCUACAUUUCUAUCCAAAGCUUCAUUAUGAAAUGCCUCAUUUGCUCCCCCUUUAGCAGCAUCAGCCUUUUGAUGAAAGUGUCAGAGAUUUCCUUGAAUGGUUUUGAGUGACGGCCUAAGAAAUACUUCGCCCACCAUCUUUCAUCUAUCUCCUUUGCUACCCUAAAUGUCUGCCCAAGGUGGGAUCUCAAGCUUAGAUCCGUUUAUUUGAAAGGUGUCUUACAAGCCAUGUAGCCCAACCCCCCAAUUCUGUGCCUAAGAAAGCAGAACCCUGGGGAAGGAGAAGGGCUGUGUCCGCCACACACUGCGGAGCAGCAGGUGCCGCGCCAGCAGGGCUCAGGCUGGCAGUGCAGGUAAAUGGGCCGUCUGGCUUCUCUGUCUGACUGACAUCUUGAUGAGAUUCCUGUGUAAUUUGAUGGAGAUCUAACUUUUUAUUUUGAGUGGGAAAAAUCAUAUUAAAGCCCCUUUAUGUGAAUUGCCAUUUUGUUUGUUUUGAAGAACAAAGCAGUGGUUCAUAGUAGCAGGGAAGAUAUAGCAACCCAGGAAUACUCUUUUGGAAUGUAGUAACAAUUGUGAAGUGGAACAUAGAGGUCUUUUUCUGGAAUUCCCAAUAUGCAUAUACUUUCUGAAUCCUAAGUGCAGUUGCUAAAAUUUUUAAAUCUAAUAUUUUAAUCUAACAUUUUUAGAAUCAAUUUUUCUUUUUAACAGUGUUCCUUUAGUAAUUUAAUUAUUGAAUUUCCUGGGUUUGAUAUAUUAAGUGUUCUAUGAGAUGCCAUAUGCUUUUUUUUGAAAGCCGUCUUAUGAAUUGAAGUAGCUGAGUUUCUGGACAUUAGUUGUAUUUGCUAAAGUAUCUGUCACAAAAUGUACCAAAACCUAGAGCAGUAGCUUUAUGCUUAUGAGUUUGUAUUAAUGUAAUUUGUGCAAUACUGAAUGUAUGUAGUGAUUGAGUUGUCAAUAAAAAUGGCCUCUUUGUGAUCAUAAAA